CUUGUUUACAUUACUUUAGUUGAUUCUUAUAGAGGAGGACAUUGGACAUUCAUUUGUAAUUUGAGUUGUGUGAAAUUAGUUUAAAUAUAGUGGUGUAAAUAUUUAUAAUACAAUAUAUUAUUGUCUAAGUUUAAAGAAUUGUAUUUAGUUAUACAAAUUUGUGGUGUCUGGGUGCAAAUGAUUCAGGAAACUACAGUUAUAAACAUAAAAUAUUAAAAUGGCUGGGAAAAGUCGUGGAAAAUUAUUUGAAUUACUCUCAGACAACGAUGGUUCCCUUACCAGUGGAUACCGCACUGCGCCGAAUAUGUCUUCAAUAUCAUCAAAGUUAAAUGCCGUUUCUAUUUCAACAAGUUCUGAGAGUACUUCUUCAUCAGGAGGUGAAGUACCACUCCGACAAGUUGAAGGUGUCGGAAGACGGUCAAAACUAUUUGCGCAUAUGUUAGGAGAGGUUUCAAGUAUUAGUACAAAAACGGAAGAAAGCAACAAACCUCAACAAAGAGCACAAAUUUAUAAUCAGAAACCCAUUCCAACACAAACGGAAGUUCAAAACCAAGGAGAUUAUUCAGGUUCUGAAGGUGUUAAAGUAUCUAUGGUUGCCAACUAUAUCAAACUUAAUGUGUUGCCAGAUAGUGGAGUGUAUGAAUAUAAUAUAAAAUUCACUCCAAAUAUUGAAAUUAAUAGCCUAAAAAGUAAAUAUCUUUAUGACCACGAAGAAAUUUUGGGCAGAACAAAGAUGAUCAAUGGAUCACAGUUACUAUUGCCAAAGUUAUUACCAAAUACACAAACACAUCUUAUUUCUAGAAACGAUAGAGAUGGUUCUGAAGUUAAGAUACAAAUUACUUUUAAUCAAAAAAAAUCUGUAAAAGAUUGCUUACAUCUGUAUAAUAUUUUAUUUGAUAGAAUUAUGAAAACAUUAAAUUACAUUCGUGUUGGUAAAAAGCAGUUUGAUCCCACAAAUCCCAAAAUAAUGCCAACUGCAAAGUUAGAAAUUUGGCCUGGAUAUGCGACUGCAGUAACUGAAUGUGAAGGAGGAUUAAUGCUUUGUUGUAAUCUAUCUCAUCGCUUGCUUAAUCAAAAAACUGUUCUUGAAUUGCUUACUGAAAUAUAUCAAUCAAAACCAUCAGAAUUUCAAAUUAAUGCAAAAAAGGCUUUACUUGGUUCUGUAGUAAUAACACGUUAUAACAAUAAGACGUACAGAAUUGAUGAAAUCAAAUUUGAUACUAACCCUCUUGAUGAAUUUGAUAUGAAAGGACAAAAAAUUUCAUAUGUUGAUUAUUAUUUUAAAACUUACAGAAUUGAUAUAAAGGAUAAAAAACAACCACUUUUAGUAACCAUAAAAACGGUUACUCGUCCCGAUAAUACAGUUGAAGAAUGUGUAUUUAGUUUAGUUCCAGAAUUGUGUCAUCUAACUGGUCUUCAAGAUAACUUACGUUCAGAUUUUAAAUUAAUGCGUGAAAUCGCCACAUUCACAAAAGCAUCGCCAAAUCAACGAUUGCUGUCUUUAGAAAAAUUUGUUGAUAAUGUUAAUAACACUUCAGAAGCCAAAUUAAUAUUAUCAAGCUGGGGUUUAUCUCUCGCUGAAAAACCACAACCAUUAAUGGGUAGAGUAUUAGGAGAAGAACGAGUGUAUUUUGGAUCAAAAAAUUUCGGCUGUGGUGUAUCUACCGAUUUUGGAAAAUACGCGACAAAUAAUUAUUUGCUGAAUCCAAUAAAUGUAUUGGAUUGGAUAUUAAUUUAUUGUAAAAGGGACGAAAAUGCAGCAAGGACAUUUAUUGAACAAUAUGAAUAUUGUACUAACGCAAUGGGAAUAAAAGUACAAAGACCUAAAACAGUAAUGCUGGAUAAUGAUCGUAUUGAUAAUUUAGCGAUAGCUUUACGGAAGGCAAUUACGAGACAAACGCAAAUCGUUGUUAGUAUAUUUCCAACCAACCGAGAAGAUAGAUAUGCGACUAUGAAAAAACUUUGCUGCACUGAAUUUCCAGUUCCCUCUCAGGUUAUUAUUGCAAGAACGUUAGGAAAUCGAGCAAAAGUCAAAUCAAUAGUUCAAAAAAUCGCGUUACAAAUAAAUUGCAAAGUAGGUGGAGAUCUGUGGCAUGUAAAUAUACCGUUUAAAAAUGUCAUGAUAUGUGGAGUAGACGUUUACCAUGAUCCAUCAAAAAGACAAAAUUCUGUUUCAGCGUUUGUAAGUUCUUUGAAUAACACAUAUUCAAAGUGGUUCAGUCAAGUUUUUAUUCAGAAGCCUAAAGAAGAAGUCAUUAGUGGAUAUUGUGCAAUUUUAGUUCAAGCUAUCGCUAAUUAUGAGAAAUUAAACAAAUGUUUACCAAAUAAUAUUAUAAUAUAUAGGGAUGGUAUAUCGGACGGAGAAUUUGGUACAACUGCACAAUAUGAAAUUGAACAACUAAAAGAUAUAUGUCAAAACUCCUAUCCUCAACCAAUAUUAUUAACGUAUAUAAUUUCACAAAAACGUAUCAAUGCUCGUUAUUUUACGAAUUUCGCCGCGGGUUCCGCAGGAAAUCCCUCACCUGGAACAAUAGUCGACAAUAUUAUUACACGAAAGUGCCUUUAUGACUUUUACUUGGUUUCUCAGUCUUUAAGAGAAGGAACUGUAACACCCACCCAUUAUGUCGUAUUAAAUGAUGACGGUAAAUUUAAACCAGAUAUAAUUCAGCGCCUCACGUAUAAAUUAACUUUCAUGUAUUAUAAUUGGCCUGGAGCUAUUCGUGUAACUGCUUGUGUUCAAUAUGCACACAAAUUGGCUUAUUUGGUUGGACAAUUUGUAAAAAAACAUCCUGGAAAAGAGCUAGAAGAUAAAUUAUACUAUCUUUAAACUCUUCGGAUCAGCAUUGUUUUCAAUAAAUAAUCUCAUAAUUUUAAUAUUACCAAAAAACUGUACAUCUGCACGCAUGGAUCUACAAGACCAAAACUGCAGGAAACUAUUCCUAAGAUAACAUGGCCGGAGGCGCGGAGAUAUCAUACGGAGUAAUUUUAAAUGAACGCAAAUGCGUUUAAAAUUAAUCUUUAAUUCUAUAUUAACUAAAUAUCUUAAGAGGCUUCUAGUUAAGAAAUAAAACUUAUGUAUAAAGCAUUUGGAGAUGAACAGUUUAUUUGGCAAU